AUGGGCCCAUUCGUUGAUGUGGGCGGCAGCGAUUCCUUGUCUAAGAACGUGCGAUUUUCCGAGACUUCUUCCUUCCCAGCGCAUGGUCGUCACUCAAUAGCGACAACUAACGUCCCACUCCUUCCGCCUGUUUCCUCUGCAAGUCAGCUCCCGAAACAUUCAUUCCCAAUGCACAAUCCCACCCCCGGGGUUGACAUUUCAGCCUACAUGGAGCAGUGCAGAAAUUUGAAUACACAGCUGAGAGAAACACACGAAAGUGAACGAAGGGUAUGGAACAUAGAACGGACAGCACUCAAAUCUCGCAUAAAAGAGUUGGAGCAGAAACUUAACAAGGCCAAAGACCCCAAACGGAGAUCCAGUAACGAUUCUUCUCGUGCCUACUUGCAGACGUUCCAAGCUACCUUUGCAUCGUUCAGUGGAUUCGAUGGACCGACUCGUGGCCGAAUAUCAUCAGACACUGCAGUUCAAUCACUUCAGCCUGUCUGGAGAGGUCCUGAGUUCACGCCCCCAGUGACUCGAGUUUUCUCACAUGACGACGACAUAUCACAUCUGCCAAGCAUUUCAGAAAACGAAGCACUACCUCCCCUGACCAAGGAACUCUCUCCCACCUCUCAGGAGAAGGUGGAGAGUGUUCCUGUACCUAUCGAGCACGUGGACAAAACACUGGACGGCAUUACAUUGAAAUCGACAGCGUUGACAUCCUCCUUUAACAAAGUAGCUAGUCCCCAAGUUACCAGUCCCACACAUUCUCCGUCUCCCAAGCCAAAGCACCCUGCAGAUGGGCUGAUGCAGGUUGAGUUGAAGGGGCUGCUCACGCCAUUGGACGAGAAGCUUAAGAGACAUGCUGGACAUACUCCAAUGGCUUUUGAUGGCACCGUUUCGACAAGCUCUGCGACAAGCUCGGAACGGCUCACACCGAGACAAGACAAACCAUAUGCACCUGUGCCAACCAGGAGACCACCACUUCAGCCGUCUGAAAACUCAGAUUCUUAUUUCUCCUUUGUUUCUGAGCCUGCAAGUCAUCAGGAUGUCAAGGACCCGGUCAUCCCCGAAGAGGCAGAACCAGAGGAAGAAGCGUUGCUCACGACUGAUGACGAUCCCGCUCUUGUAGGGCCUCUUAUGCUUGACACCGCCGCCAAAAGCGAAGCCUCUAACACGUUCUUGGGACUUGUGGAUGCCAAACUCUCCGAAGCUGCAGCAGCACGGCGCUCUAGGAAAGAUUCUCUGCUCUCAAAUGGUACCCAGGAUGCAACAGCGAACGCCAGGCAAGAGCGAUCUUCCACCCAAGCAGACGCUAAUGACGGUCCAAAGUUGAAGGUUAGAAACAGUACAAACUUUGGUAGCGCGUGGGGAAAGGAUGCUCCUGGGUGCUUAUAA